AUGGACUUCAAGAAAGGAGAACGUGUAUUUCUCAACUUCGAUACCGGUGCAGUCGAGAAGACCGAUCCAGAGCCAGAUCAUGAGCCUCCAGUCCCUACAUUUCCCACUUUUGUGGGCGACAUACUGGAGCGCAAUUCAUCCACAACUAAUCCGCCAGUCGCACCCUCACUCAAAGCAAAUGUAAAUGGAUUUCCAGCGCACAGGAAGCGUGUACCAAGAGUGUCAGCUUUCAAACAGCAGCGCGCCGCAAAGGAACAACAUUCUGCUGCAGCGCAGACAGCGCAACAUGCGCCCCGCUCUGGCUUUGAUCCGAACGAAGAGAAGAGGGCCAUAGACGAAGAGAACAGGCGAACAUUGGCGGCCAUGUCCGACCAAGAGAUCGAAGAGGAGCGACAGGAACUCAUGUCGAACCUCAGUCCCGCCUUGCUACAGAAACUACUCAUGAGAUCGAACAUUGACGAGGGGAGCAAUGAACGAGAUCUAUAUCCCGAGUUAGAAACUGCUCCUCACCCGACUGACAACGUCAAAGCAGUUCCAGUACUAGAAUCAAAGCCUUCAAGCACCAAGAAGGUAUCCUUUGCCGCCCCCGAACCUGAGCACGAAGCGCCUCCGCCGCAACUAUCAACCGCACAACCUCCCUCAGACACCAUGCCGCACCAAGAAUCCGACUCAAUACACUUUCCCGACCCACCACAACCUCCUGAACUCGACCCUAAUGACCCUUCCUUCCUCAAGAAUCUCCACGACAAAUACUUCCCAAGCCUACCCUAUAAUCCCAGCGAACUUUCCUGGAUGGCGCCCAUCGAUCCUUCCGACAAGUCGUCCCCCUACCAUCCCUCGCAAACAGGGUUGAACGCAACUGAGUUGCGUUUCGACUUCAGGGGCGCCCUCCUGGCGCCCAGCGUCGCGCGAGAUAUCCCGAGUGACCGGGGCCUACACAAUCAUGCCGAUGCGCCAGAGGCGGCAGGGUACACUAUCCCGGAACUAGCGGUGCUGGCGAGGAGCAAAGUUGCUGCGCAGCGCUGCAUGGCAUAUCAAACACUUGGCCGUAUUCUUUAUCGCUUAGGACAAGGCGAGUUUGGCGUUGAGAGAGCGAGGCAGGAUACUGAUGGGCCGGCCAAUAUUGCGAAGAACCCAGAGGUGGCGGAGGAUGAAGAGGAUGAUGACGAGUAUGAAGAGGAAGAUGUGGGUAGUGCUAUGGCGGCGGGCUUGUGGAGUUGUAUCGAAGAGGGGAGAGUGGUUGAGACGAUGACCGAGGAGGCGAAUAGGACCAAAGGGCAUCUUACUGCAAGGACUUUUGCGCAGGAAGCACUUUGGAACUGGCGGAGAGGUGGUGGACGGAAGAGACACGCUGUCUGA